ACCAAAUUCUUCAGCUGGAAAUCUGGCAGCAUUCUCUUUAAAGAAUCCAUAUGCAACUAUAUUUACAUCUGGGCCUCCUACUUGAGCUUGAGAGAUUAUGUGAAACGUUUACAUCCCUAUUUAAACAGAGCUGAUCUGCAUUUUUUAGAUGAACAUACAUUAAUACCAAGAAGACCAACAAACAAUAAUACCAAGUGUAGGAACCAGAAAGUGAAGUGGUACAGCCGGCAGAGCUGAAGAGAAAGGCUUAAAGAAUUUGAAGAUGGAGUAUUCCUUUACCCCUCUUGAAUGUUUACAGCCAACAGGAAACUUGAAAUAUUGCCUUAUAAUUCUGAAUCAGCCAUUGGAUAAAGGCCUUUUGCUUCACCUGUGGGGAAAAGCUAUUUUUAAAGCCUGUGCUGAUGGAGGGGCAAAUAGACUUUAUCAGUCAGUGGAAGGGUCUCAAGAAAGGUAUCUGCCAGAUUUCAUCAGUGGGGAUUUUGAUUCCAUAAAGCCAGAAAUCAAGAUGUUUUACUCAGAACAGGGGUGUGAACUUGUCGAUACACCAGACCAAGAUUUUACUGACUUCACUAAAUGUCUUUCAAUUCUUCAGGACAAAAUAAAACAGAAAAAUGUUAAGGUGGAUAUCAUUGUAGUGUUGGGUGGCCUUGGUGGACGGUUUGACCAGAUUAUGGCAUCAGUUGAAACACUUUAUCAUGCUGUUACACCUUUACCAGUAGUAAUUAUUCAAGAUACUUCUCUUAUCUAUCUUCUAAAGCCUGGUAAACACGUUCUCCAUGUGGCAACAGGAAAAGAAGGAAAAUGGUGUGGUCUCAUACCAGUAGGAUCAGCUUGCAAUUCAGUAACAACCACUGGACUAAAAUGGAAUCUCACUGCUGGCGUGUUGAAGUUUGGAACAUUGGUCAGUACAUCAAAUAGCUAUGAUGGGACAGGCAUUGUCACAGUGGAAACUGACAAUCCUCUGAUUUGGACAAUGGGAAUCAAGCACAUGAACAAUCACUGAUAAAGGACCAAAUCUCCAACUAUUAACAUAUUUUAGUGCCUUACUGUUUGGGCCUUUUUUUUUGGAACGGUGAUUGGUGCAAAGGAUAUUACUAGAUGUUUAGCAUUUUAAUAUUAGCUCAAAUUUAUUUAGGUUUUUGCAACAUUUGUAACUCCAGGUUUCAUGCCAGAGUUGUUUACUUGGUACCAUUAGUAGAAAAUGUAUUAUAAUUUUGUAAACCCAAUAUUUUAGAAUAUACUUAAAAAUAAACCAAGUGGGUGCCUCAUAAUGUGGAUAUUUGCCAAUAUGACCUUCAAAAAUUAUAAUAUAAUAAAAUCUUCAAAAUUA